UUGAUCUAUUGCUAUAUAUUUGAUGUGCAUCUCACCAACUCUGAACUUUGUUUUUACUUUUAUUUUUUCACUGCUGUCUUUUGUGGGGAAGCUGGAUUUUUACGUGUUAUCUCUGUACUAUGGAUUUGUUUCUUUCUCCCAUUUACUACUUCUAGAUGACUUGCCGGGGGUAUCUUUUACCACUCUACUUAAGGGAUCAGUCAAAACUUCCCAGCACUCAACACUUUCACCAACCUCUAAACCAGCUUAAUCCACCAGUGCCCAUCUGGAUUCAGACAUGGAGAUCCAGAACAGUAGUUGGGAGUAAGAGCCUUGGUGUUCCACCCCUGUGUUACCCACUGGAAGAGCAUUGUAACCCUCAUAGCCCUCUUCCCUGGCUAUGUCAGACAAGAGAAUUAGCAAACGAAGGAGGGCGGCCUCAGGGAAUGCACAGCUUGAGAGGAAGAUCCAGAAGGCCAAGAUGGUUGUCUUGGGAAGCAGUGGAGUUGGCAAGUCCAGCCUGGCGCUUCGCUUUACUAGGGAUGAGUUCAAGAGCACCAUACCCACGGUGGGAUGUGCCUACCUGACCCAGAUGGUGUGUUUACAUGAGACCACCUUGAGGUUUGAGAUCUGGGACACCGCUGGCCAGGAGAAGUACCACAGUGUCACCCCGCUGUACUACCGGGGGGCGAACGCAGCCCUCGUGGUGUACGACAUCACUAAAAGGGACACUUUUGUCCGAGCUCAGUGCUGGUUGCAGGAGUUGGAGAGACAGUAUAUUGCUGGAGAGACAGUGGUUGCCCUGGUGGGGAAUAAAGCAGAUCUCUCAGAUUUACGCCAGGUGGAGCUGCAGGAGGCACAAAAACUCGCAGAAAAGAAAGGAUUGCUGUUCAUGGAAACAUCAGCAAAGUCAGGCAAGAAAGUGAGUGAGCUCUUCAUGGCUAUAGCCCACAGGUUACUACAGAAUGCGGAUGACGGCAGAACGUCUUUAAUGCACUGGAGUGACUCUUGCAUGGAUCUACACGUACCGGAGAGCAGGGAGAGCAGGGAGAGCAGGGAGAACAGGGAGAGCAGGGAGUCAUGCUGUAGACUCUGAAGGAAGGGGCAGUCACAAUGUACUCAUCCAUUCUGAACUGAGGUUCACCUCUCACUCUGUAACAUUGACAAGACAUAAUGAACUCAUCCAUUCUGAACUGAGGUUCACCUCUCACUCUGUAACAUUGACAAGACAUAAUGAACUCAUCCAUUCUGAACUGAGGUUCACCUCUCACUCUGUAACAUUGACAAGACAUAAUGAACUUAUCCAUUCUGAACUGAGGUUCACCUUUCACUCUGUAACAUUCACAAGACAUAAUGAACUUAUCCAUUCUGAACUGAGGUUCACCUUUCACUCUGUAACAUUGACAAGACAUAAUGAACUUAUCCAUUCUGAACUGAGGUUCACCUCUCACUCUGUAACAUUGACAAGAUCUUGGUCUCAUCUAAACUGCACCGCCUCCUAAAGCCUUACCGGAGUAUUUGGGGGAGGACCCCGUUAUUGAACCGCAAACCCCACUGCAUGCACUGCUGCACCUGGUAUUUACUGGAGGUCUCCUGCACAAGUACUGACCAGGGCCAACUGCCUAGCUUGUGACCUGCCAGGAUCACACUCCAUGUUAGUCUGGCUGCAGAUGUAACAGAGCAAUGCCAUUUGCAUGGUUUUCAUAUGGAGCGGAUCGCUUCAGGUCCUAGUCCAGCAGGAACAUAAGGGACCAACCUUCUGAAAAAAAACAAUUCUACAAAUUAGUCUUGCAUGACUAACCUGUAUGACAGAGACCCACACAUCUCUCAUUUUGAAAGCUGCCUGGUGAGAGUACAUUGGUGAGUGAUAUUAUCAUGAACCAACCUAUUGAAUACUGCUCUCAUUGUCCACUUGAAAGACAAUUAACAUUAGGAUCUUUGAUUGCCAAGUCAAAAGCCAACCCAAUAAUUAGUACAUCAAUAUGGAGGGCAGUUAUUUGGAGCUUCAGUAUGCUGAGAUUUAACAUAGUGAGUAUUACAGUAGAACUGUAGUUUUGUUGUGGAGGUCGGUGCUGGGUGAAGGAGUUGGAAAGACAGUAUGGCAUAACAAAACUACAUAACCAGUGCACCAAGUGGUUAUCGAAUGCUGAGUACAUGUGAUUUGUAGUGCACCCAUUUAGUACCAAAUAUAUAUUUCUUUGAAAAAAAUCUGAAUACAAACUGUACUAUGUAAUUUGAUAUAUUACAUUUAGACUUAACUUUUUAAUUUAAAAACAGGUAGAUUCAAGUUAAUAAUGUUAACAAAAUCACCUAGUAACCUGUCCUCAAAUGAGCUUAAAGGCACUUAAUGAGUCAAAGUGCAUGCUUGCUAUGUUAUUCUAGUUUAGUUUUCUUUUUAAAUGCCCAUGUAUGGUAUUCUGUAUUCUCUUGUCACCAGUAUAUUGCUGCUUAGUGCACCCAGUUUGUUUUGCCCACUGCUGUGUGAAUGUGCUGUGUGGGAUUGGCUACUUAUAAUUCCUAGGCCUUUAAAGGUCUUACUUUGAUAGAAAAGUGAUUUGCCACCUACAGUACAUUAGGAAGAGAGAGACUGUCUGAAAGCAAACAAAGAAACUAUAAUGUCAUCCAAAGUGCUGAUCUCACUUUCUCUUUCAAAGGGCUGUGGAGCAGAAUACGAUUUAAUGAACAUGUUCCAUACAUCAUUCCAAACAUAUCAUAAACUAUGAGGUCAAAGAGGCCAGCUUGGGUCUUUUCAAUGUGAUUCUCACCUGUACUGUUACACAACUAUAAGAAUUGACCAGGAGUGCAAAGGGUUAGACAAGAUUUUCUGACUUGUUUGCAACGGGAUACAAUGCCAUGUGCCUCUGUCGUGUGAUAUCCAGUGAGGAGAAAGGGAUAAUCAGAAAUGUGUGGUGGAAAAGUGCAAGGGCGGACACAUACAUGUUUUCACUUGAUGCAAAGUCUAGCUGCUUGGUGUCAGUGUGAAAGCAGAAAAUUACACUGGUUACAUUUCUGCAUUCCUUUGAAUUUAAGACAUCCUAAAAUGUAAGAAGCAGGCCAAAUUUCCCACGCUCAUUUUGAGGAAAAAACAUCAAAUAAAUAUGUUUACAAAGAUUCCAACUCAAUUACACGUAUGGAGGCAGUUUGCGGCCAUCAUCUGUCACACAUGGCAUUACAGUUCUGUACUGCUUCUCAUUUCCAGUCGUGAUUACUCACACCUGUUAUUCUCCCAGUUUGUGAAGUGUGGUAUUACUUGACAUGUCGAAAAAUACGGGGGUCUGAUCAGCAUUUCCGAUCUGUCCAAGCUGGUCAAGCUGGUCAAACACUGCAGUUGUAAAAGCUUCUGUUCGAAUUCUUCAAGAAGCUAAUGAUUUUUCUUUGAAAAUGGCUGCCUGUAUGUCA